GGAAGACUCAGGACUACGCUCUUCCUUCUGCCGCUUUGCUCCGUGGGGGGCGUUGGUCUGACUCUGGUAGUUUGGGAAGAGCGGGAUGACCUCUGUGUCAGCGCUCAGAGGUGUGAAUAUGGAGAAAAAUAGGGGGAACUGACCGAAACGGAGAGAACCCCUCUUCCCCAUCUCCCUCAAGCUCUCAAAGAGGGCUUUUGCAGUGAAACAGCGGAGCGGCUGCAGCCAUGAGGAGAGCCAACAGGAAGCAGGAAGCAGAGGGCGUUUGAGUCCAGCGAACACGGCCCAGCUCUACUCUGCUGCCCCUAAAGGAGGACGAGAAGAUGAGCGUCACCAGCCAGCAGUCCUUCAACGUCCUGGUGGUCAUCUUCCUCCUGCUGUCCACGGCAGCUCUCUCUGCACACUUCAGAGUGUGUGAGCCCUACUCUGACCACAAGGGGCGCUAUCACUUUGGCUUUCACUGCCCUCGCCUCUCCGACAACAAGACCUACAUGUUCUGCUGCCACCACAACAACACGGCGUUUAAGUACUGCUGCAACGAGACCGAGUUCCAGACCGUCAUGCAGCUCAACCUGACGGCCAACUCUGACAACUUCAAACACAAUAACUACACUGCCCUCAUCGGGGUGUGGAUCUACGGCUUUUUCGUCAUGGUGCUGCUGGCGUUGGACUUCCUCUACUACUCGGCCAUGAACUACGAGCUGUGCCGGGUGUACCUGGAGAAGUGGGGGCUGGGGGGGAGGUGGCUGAAGCAGGCCAGGAGCCAGUGGAACGCCUCUCCACAGGGGGAGGCUGAGCCCCCGCUGCACCCCAUCGUCCUGGCCCACCACCCCCGCCACAGCCUCAGGGGAGACACACAGAGCCCCUCCCUCAUGUCCUUCCACACGUCCACAGCCUGAUGUGCGGUGACUUUAUGAGGGAGAUGACAUCAGGAAGAGGGCAGUGACAAACGCAUCCCCAGGGGAACAGACUCCCGUCUCCCACCUCUGGACUACAGAUACAGCAGGACGUGGGUGGGGCUUGGGGCUUUAGCUCCGCCUCUCUUUUAUCACCAAAGGGGCUGCCCACAUGACCCGGCAGGGCUAACUAUGGCCUCACAUUGACUCAUCUGAGCAGAACAGUGGUGGUACCUGUCUGAGAAGCCUGCAGAGGCUGUGGUCUACAGACGCCUGUCUGAGGUUUCUGAUGGAACUGUGGGUGCUUCUGAAGGACUUUCCCAUGGAAGCACAUAACCCUCUUUUGGGGUCUCGGAGGUCCUGUGUGGUCUAUCUCUGCAUCCAUCCGGCACCCUUUUAAAAUGGGUUGCGGUAACAGGCAAACAGAGAGCCUCUCACCUGUGAACACCCUUCGAAUAUAUUUGUUUCGUUUGCACUGCUAUGUAGCUGGGUCUAGAUUCAGUGGUUCUUAGAACUAGUGGUAGGAUUAUUUAUUGGUUCUUUGUUAAUGUGAACUGGUCAGGGAAUCAUCAGUGAAAUUCCAGAUAGUUUCUAAAGUAAGUCCUUACCCCCCUUUCCCCUGCUAGUUGCUUUGCUAACAAGAAACAAAUGGCUGGAAUCAGCUUUUUUGAAUAAAAAAACAGUCAUAAGUUACACCUUAAUAGAAGUAAGUUUGUACAACCAGUUGACAAAGAAAAAAAGGAGAAAAAGAGAUUUUUUUCUGAAAAGGAGAAAGGAAGAACUGAUGUUUUGAA